GAGGGCUGAGGCCACUGCUGAGGGCAGAUCCUGGGGCUGGGGUGUCCUUAGCACUCCUGGAGGCUCUCUUCUUAGGCUGCUGGAAUAGGGACCUCAUUGAAUGUGAUGAGCAGAUUACUCUGAGCAGCACACAUUUGAGUGUACAGAGAAAGACAUACAGCUGCUGCAGAUGAUUACAAGGGCUGUGGAAACACUGGUUGCUGGGUGGAGUUUCCUCCACAGGCUACAAAAGCUUUGAGAGCCCUCUGCUCCUUUGCUCAUAACUGUGCAGCCCUGCAAGGCAGUGUUCGUGAGGAGCAAGAAGCUCUAUCAACAUGGCUAUGGUAUCAGAAUUUCUGAAGCAAGCAUGGUUCAUUGACAACCAGGAGCAGGAAUGUAUUAAGAGCUCAAAAGGUAUCCGUGGAGUGCAGUCAUACCCAAAUUUUGAUCCAUCAGCUGAUGUUGCUGCUUUAGACAGGGCUAUUACUGUAAAAGGUGUGGAUGAAGCCACCAUUAUUGACAUCUUGACAAAGAGAACAAAUGCUCAGCGACAGCAGAUCAAAGCUGCCUAUCAGCAGGCUAAAGGAAAGAGCCUAGAAGAGGCUUUGAAAAAAGCUCUGAAAAGCCAUCUAGAAGAUGUCGUUGUGGCUUUGCUGAAAACUCCAGCUCAAUUUGAUGCCGAUGAAUUAAGAGCCUCUAUGAAGGGGCUUGGAACUGAUGAAGAUACCUUAAUUGAGAUUCUGGCCUCAAGAACCAACCAAGAGAUCAGAGAAGCCAGCAGAUACUACAAGGAAGUGCUGAAGAGAGAUCUGACACAAGACAUCAUCUCUGACACAUCUGGAGACUUUCAAAAGGCUUUGGUUGCUCUAGCCAAGGCUGACCGAUGUGAAAACCCUCAUGUGAAUGAUGAACUUGCUGACAAUGAUGCCAGGGCCUUGUAUGAAGCAGGAGAGAAAAGGAAAGGAACAGAUAUUGGUGUGUUUGUAACUAUUCUUACUACAAGAAGCCACCCCCAUCUUCGAAGGGUCUUUCAGAAGUACACCAAAUACAGCAAGCACGACAUGAACAAGGUACUGGAUUUGGAGCUGAAAGGUGAUAUUGAGAAUUGCCUCACUGCCCUUGUAAAGUGUGCCACAAGCAAGCCAGCUUUCUUUGCAGAAAAACUCCAUUUGGCGAUGAAGGGUGCUGGGACCCGGCACAAAGACCUCAUCAGAAUCAUGGUUUCACGUCAUGAAGUGGACAUGAACGAGAUCAAAGGCUAUUACAAGAGUCUGUAUGGCAUCUCCCUCCGCCAGGCCAUUAUGGAUGAACUCAAAGGGGAUUAUGAAACCAUCAUGGUGGCUUUAUGUGGAAGUGAUAACUAAGUUUCAUGUUCCUGAAAUGCACACAAGCCCAGUUGCUGAAAAUCUUUAUAUUUGCAUGUCUAUAUUAAACACAGUCUUUACACACAGAGAUUUCUGUGGAAUGGCACUUAGUGUAUACAUGUUAUGUUAAAAACCUGUAACCCAGAAUAUUUUUUUCAAUACCCUUGCUCUGGACAGCUUCAUUAUUUCUGGUUGCCAUUAUUUAUCCUAAAUGAAAGAAUGCCCCCAAGUUUCUAGUCAUGUGAUUAAUUAUGAAAAUGGUAAAGUUUUCAUCUAUGCUAAGCAAAUAAACUUUUAAAAAUAAAAUUCA